GUUUGUGGUUAUAUCAAGAAUUUGCAAUUACCGUUCUUCUUUAAACUCUUCUUUGAUCUUUACAUACUCCAACUUACUAAUAGUAUGGCUAUUCGGGUAACUAGAAUUAUGCAUGCCAAGCAGAUUCUUUGUCAGACGAAACUGUUUGAAAAUCAAGCCGCCUCCACCUCAACAGAUGUUCCCAAAGGAUACUUGGCAGUCUAUUUUGGGGAAAGCCAAAAGAAGCGAUUUGUAUUUCCAAUUUCAUUAAAUCAGCCUUCAUUUCAGAAGUUGUUAAGUAUAGCUGAGGAAGAAUUCGGAUUCAACUAUCCAAUGAGUGGUCUCACAAUUCCAUGCAGUGAAUAGUACUUCAUCAG